AACUGGGCAUGUACUAUCACCUGUUGGUGCAAAUCCCCAUCUUCUUUUUCACGGUGGUGGUGAUGCUCAUUACCUACAGCAAAAUACUUCAGGCCCUGAACAUCCGAAUAGGCACACGGUUUUCCACGGGGCCGAAGAAAAAAGUCAAAAAGAAGACCAUUUCCUUGGCUACGCAACAGGAACCCACCGAAGCAUCGCAAGCCAGCGGAGGCAGAAAUGUGGUCUUUGGGGUAAGGACUUCUGUUUCGGUGAUCAUCGCUCUACGGCGGGCGGUCAAGAGACACCGGGAACGCCGCGAAAGGCAGAAAAGAGUCUUCCGCAUGUCGCUGUUAAUCAUAUCAACUUUUGUUCUCUGUUGGACACCGAUCACAGUUUUAAACACGAUCAUUUUAUGUUCGGGCCCAAGUGACCUUUUGGUCAAGUUGAGGCUGUGUUUUCUAGUCAUGGCCUAUGGGACCACCAUCUUCCACCCUCUCCUGUACGCCUUCACCCGACAGAAAUUUCAAAAAGUUUUGAAAAGCAAAAUGAAAAAACGCGUCGUCUCCAUAGUGGAAGCGGACCCAAUUCCCAACAGCGCUGUGAUACACAACUCAUGGAUUGAGCCCAAGAGAAGCAAGGCCAUCACUUUUGAAGACAACGAAGUGAGGCAGAAGUGUUUAGUACCUCAAGUUGUUACGGACUAG